UAUUAAUAUACUUUUUACCUCUGUGAUUACCCUGUAUCUAAGCCUCUGCAGACUGCCCCUUAUCUCAGUUAUAUUAGUACACUUUUUACUUCAGUGAUUACCUUGUAUCUAAGCCUCUGCAGACUGCCCCCUUAUUAUUAUUAUACUUUAUUUAUGAAGCGCCAACAUAUUCCGCAGUGCUGUCCAUGGAUACAAUUCAUAUAAAUAAAACAGUACAAGACUUGUAAUUUACAAACAUAUACAGGAGGGAUUGAGGGCCCUAUUCCCGUGGGAAUUUACAAUCUAGAAGGGUAGGAGGUUGAGAAAACAGGAGGUGAGGACUGCAAGAUUGAGAAAUAUGUUCAUACAGAGUUAGAUGAGGAAAAUGUUAGGUAAGUGAAAUUAAUUUAUUAUUGAGUCUUCAGGGAACAUUUAAAGGAAGACAGAUUAGGGCAAAGCCUGACAGCACGAGGGAGAGUGUUCCAGAGGGUAGGUGCUGCACGACAGAAGUCCUGCAGUGUAGCAUGAGAGGAGGUGAUAGUCGCAGAAGCAAGGAGCAGGUCAUUGUUGGAUCUUAGUGGGCGGGCUGGAGUAUACUUGUGUAUUAGAGAGGAAAGGUAGAGGGGAGCGGCGUUGGUGAGAGCUUUGUAUGUAAGGGUGAGAAUUUUGAAUUUAAUUCUGGGGAGCCAAUGAAGGGACUCGCAGAGAGGUGCAGCAGAUACAGAGCAACAGGAAAGGUGGAUCAGCUGGCCGAGGCAUUUAAGAUGGAUUGAAGGGGAGAGAGGCGGGAACUAGGAAGGCCGGCGAGUAGGUUAUUGCAGUAGUCAAGUCGGGAAAUAACAAGGGAGUGGAUUAUUUGCUUUGUGGUGUCAGCGCUCAGAAAACGGCAAAUCUUGGAAAUAUUGCGUAGAUGGUUUGGCAUGAUAUAGAAAGCGAUUGGAUAUGGGGGACGAAGGAUAGAUUUGAGUCAAGUGUAACCCCAUUAUCUCAGUUCUUUUGACAGACUUGCAUUUAGCCAAUCAAUGCUGACUCAUAAAUAACUCCAUGUGAGUGAGUACAAUCUUAUCUAUAUGGCACACAUAAACUAAUGCCCUCUAGCUGUGAAAACCAGUCAAAAUGCACCAAGAUAAGAGGCGACCUUUAAAGGCUUAGAAAUAAGCAAAUGAGCCUACCUAGGUUUAGCUUUCAACUAAGUAUACCAAGAGAACAAAGCAAAUUUGAUGAUUAAAGUAAAUUAGAAGGUUGUUUAAAAUUGCAUGCCCUAUCUGACUCAUGAAAGAGACGUGCAUGGGUACAAACUGACUCUAGACGUUUCCUUUCUCAGGGACUUAUCUGAGGUUCGGGCUGAUUGGUCAAGAUUCACUCGUCUUCUCCAGACCUCCUGUUCCUCCCUCAUCUCACUGAGACCACAUGGACCAGAAACUGCAGUGACACCAGCCACAGAGCCGCCAUCCUACCUGCUUGUUACCUGGGAGCCAAGAGUGGGUUCAGUGCAGACCAAAGAGGAAAGGACAGAACCUCAGAGUCUGCUGGAGGCAGAACCUGCUGCGUUGUCUUUUGAGAUGUCUCCACAGAUUGAGGAGUCAUUGAGGUCACAGUCUCUUGCACUUAAGCAGGAACUGCAAAUGAAGGAAUCAUUACUGGAGUCAUCUGACCAGGAAAUAAGGCUGCUGAGGUCACAAAUAGAAGGAACCGAGCGGGAAAUUAAGCUGCUGCUGUCACAACAAGCGACAUAUGAACUGGAAACGAGGUCCCUAAGGUCACAAAUAACUUCAUCAGAACAGGAAGUAAGGUUAGUAAAGUCACAACAUGCAACAGUACAACAGGAAGUUAGUUCACUAAAGUCACAGCUAAAGAUGUCAGAUCAGGAAGCAAAGUCAAUACAGUCCCAAUUAGUAGCCUCCGAGCAGGAAGUAAAAUUAAUUAAAUCAAAAGUAGAGAUAUCUGAUAAGGAAGCUGAAGUUGUCCGGGAAAAUGCAGAACAGGAAGUAAGUUUUAUGAAAUCGUUAUUAGAAGGAUCUGUGCUGGAGGCUGAGUCUCUGAGGUCACGUGUGUACACAUAUGAGACGGAGGUAGAGACUCUGAGGUCACACGUGGACACAUAUGAGAAGGAGGCAGAGACUCUGAGGUUACGUGUGGACACAUAUGAGAGGGAAGUGGAGUCUCUGAGGUCACGUCUGGAGUCACAAGAGAGGGAGAAGGAGGAGACCAGACUGCUACAAGAGCAGCGAGAGCUGAGAGACCAUCAGGAAAGCCAACGGUCACUGGAGCGACUGGAUUAUGAGCGUUCUGCGACGUUGCAGGAGCUCGUUGUGUGCCGGGAGGAGCUGCUGCGUUGUCACCUUGAAAGGGACAUUGCUAGGGAGGAGGCUGGCAGUCUGCAGAAUGCUCUGCACAAGACAGAAAAAAAUAUCAUGGAAGUGUCUAUGGCCCAGAGCCGUCAAAAGGCUGAACUGGAAGACAUGCGGGAUGCGGUCACUAAAAUGGGAGACUUGAACAGAGCACUGAGUCUGGACAAGGUGGAACUGCACCGUCUCUUGCAUGAGAUGGAGAAAGACAAAGAGUCUCUACUAGCAAAGCUACAGCAGUCUGAGCAAGAGAAAGUCUCAGCCCAGGAGAAUCUGAGGCUUUGUGAAGGAGAGCGCUCACAGCAGGAAGUAGAAAAAACAAAGAUACGGCUGCUCGUGGAGGACAGUGAGCGUCUGAGAGAGAGCCUAGAGACAGAGCUGAGAUACGCACAGAAGGACAGAGAUACCCUAGAGACUGCCGUGAGAAAUAUCCAGAAUGAGAGAGACCGAAUACAAGAGGAGAGUGACCAUCUCAGCAUGGAGCUUUCUACUGUACUUGUGCAGCAAGGACUGAUGGAGAGAGAGUGCGGUGACCUGAGGACGCAGUUGGCAGACGCACGGACUUUGAAGCAGUCACUUGACAGCAAUCUCUAUGUGUCUCAGGAUAGAGCGUCACAGCUGGAGAUCUUGUGCAGUCAACUCAAGAUGGAGUUAGCGACUGUCUUACAGUCUAAAGAGACAAUCCAAAAUGAAUUGUCAAUCCUACACACGGAGCGCGAGAUGUCAGAGAAGAGACUGUCUGAAUUAGAAAGAGAACUUCAAGCGAAGACAGACGACAUAGAAAAUAAUACAGAUGAACUGGAGAGCUUGCGCAACAGUCUGGAGGAUGAGACCUUAAAGAGACAGGCUGCGGAGAGCCGUGCUGAGAGAGCACUUCAGGUGCAGCACGAGCUGCAGGACCGAGUUGAACAAGAGCAAGAGAUGACUGUGCAGCUUCAAGCAAACCUCGCAGGCGUGACUUCCUCUCUGAGACAGCUCGAGAGUGAGAUGUCAGAGCUCAGAGAGAGCCUGAAGAAGAGCCAUGAUGAGAAAGAGACUUCCCUGGACCGGUUAGAACAUCAUAUUCUAAUGAUGAGAGAGCAAAAUCGGGAGCUGGAAACAUUAAGAGAGACAGUGAGAGAGUGCCUGGAAGAAAAAGAAACUGCGCAAAAUGCUCUUGAGAGACUAUCUGCAACUUUACAAGAGAGGGACCGGCAAAUGAAAGAAUUAAGAGUUACCAUUCAAGAGUGCAAUGAAGCAAAAGAGACUGCUUUAACAUCAUUAGCAUGUCUAACAGUAACUGUACAGGAGAGAGAGCGUUCCAUCAGUUUAUUGAAAGAAAGUGUUCGUCAGAGCCAGCAAGAGAAAGAGACAGCAAUCACUGCCCUAGAACAUCAUAUUGAGAUUUCAAAAGAGACAGACUUGCUAGUUACAGGUUUGAGAGAAAGUGUUCGAGUUUAUGAAUUAGAGAAAGAGACUGCUUUGAAGGCAGAAGAGCACAGGUCUUUGGUUAUUAAAGAGAAAGAUAGUGAAAUUGAUAAUCUCACAGAAAGAAUUCAAGUGCUCCAAGAAGAGAAAAAUGUGGCUUUAGAGAGACUGUCUCAUGUAGAGAGUGAUUCUGAACAAGAACUGUCAUCUCUGCGGCAUCAGGUGACUCAGAGUCUGAAGGAGCGAGACAGGGCAGAGAGAGACGUCAGAGAGAGAGACCAGAAAAUUAAGAUGUUGAGAGAGGGCAUGAGAGAGCACAGAUAUGAAUUAGAAAGCACACAUGGGAGAUUAGAUUAUCAAAUGCUAAUCGUGAAAGAUAGAGACAGUUUGAUUGAAACUUUAAGAAAGCAAUUGGAAGACUCACAGUCUGAGAAAGAAAGUGCUCUUAAGUCUUUACAGAAUCAGAUUGUCCUAGUAGAUGAAAGAGACCGAGAAAUCAGAGCAAUUAAAGAAACUGCUCAGGAGAGAGAGGCUGCUCUGUUGUCUCUAGACAGCUUGCGUGUGGCUCUUGAGGAGCGUCUCACAUUCACACAGAGAGAGCAAGAACAUGACAUUACGGAGCUAAAGGAGGCUCUUCAAGAGAGCCAGGAUGAAAAUGAGGCAUCCCGGAGUUCAUUAGAGUCCCAGAUAAAGAAAGUAAAGCAACAUGAGUUGGAGAUUCAGACGUUAACAGAUACAGUCAGGAUAUUGCAAGUUGAGAAAGAGACUGCUCUGCAUUCCUUGGAAAAGACAGCUGCCAUGCUCACAUCUUUGCAAUCGGAUCUCCGAGAGUGUGAGAGAAAGAAAGAGAGUGCUGUGCAACAGCAGGUUGUGUUGUUAGACAACAAAGAGAGAGAUAUCCAGGCAUUGCAGGAGACUUUGCAGAGGUGCCAGAGUGAGAGAGAUGAUGCACAAUUUGCUCUAGAAAGCUUGGAGUCUCAGAGAGAGAUAACUGAGAGACAGACGCAGAUAGAGAUGAACACUCUGAGAGAGAAGGCUGCUGAACUGUCACAGAUUCUGAGAGAGACUGAAAACAUCAAACAGCAGUAUGAGAGAGAGUGCAAAGCUCUGAAAGCACAAAUAGAAAAUCUUUACCUCACUGAGAGACAGGGCAAAGCUCUGGAGCAGAGAGUGACUGAACUCUCCCAAGCUCUGGACAAGAGCAGAGCAGCUGAAGAUCAGAGAGAACAGGCCAACAAAGCUCUGGAUGAGAGAGUGACUGAACUCUCCCAAGCUCUGGACAAGAGCAGAACAGCUGAAGAUCAGAGCGAACGGGCCAACAAAGCUCUGGAUGAGAGAUUGACUGAACUCUCCCAAGCUCUGGAAAAGAGCAGAACAGCUGAAGAUCAGAGCGAACGGGCCAACAAAGCUCUGGAUGAGAGAGUGACUGAACUCUCCCAAGCUCUGGACAAGAGCAGAACAGCUGAAGAUCAGAGCGAACGGGCCAACAAAGCUCUGGAUGAGAGAGUGACUGAACUCUCCCAAGCUCUGGAAAAGAGCAGAACAGCUGAAGAUCAGAGCGAACGGGCCAACAAAGCUCUGGAUGAGAGAGUGACUGAACUCUCCCAAGCUCUGGACAAGAGCAGAACAGCUGAAGAUCAGAGCGAACGGGCCAACAAAGCUCUGGAUGAGAGAGUGACUGAACUCUCCCAAGCUCUGGAAAAGAGCAGAACAGCUGAAGAUCAGAGCGAACGGGCCAACAAAGCUCUGGAUGAGAGAUUGACUGAACUCUCCCAAGCUCUGGACAAGAGCAGAGCAGCUGAAGAUCAGAGAGAACGGGCCAACAAAGCUCUGGAUAAGAGAGUAGAAGACCUUUCCCAGGCACUGCUAAAUAAGGAGACGGAGAUUGAGGAGUAUAGGAGGCAGUCAUUAAGAGAGUGCAGAGGCUUAAAUGAGAGGGUAACUGAGCUUUCCAAGGCUCUGCUAAAUAAGGAAAUGGAGAUUGAGGAGUGUAGGAGACUGUCAGAAAGAGAGCACAGAGGCUUAAAUGAGAGAGUUUCUGAGCUUUCUAAGGCUCUGCUAAAUAAGGAGACUGAGAUUGAGGAGUGGAGAAAACAGUCUGAAAGGGAGUGCAGAGGCUUAAAUGAGAAGCUAACUGAGCUUUCCCAGGUUUUGACAGCUAAGGAGGCUCAAGAAGAGGAGAGCUUGAGACAAAUUAGAUCUAUGAUGGCAGAGAUCGCUGGACUUAAGGAAGAUGUGUUGAACAAGACCACUGGGGCCCAAGAGGAUGAGAGAGAACGGAGCACUCUUAGACAGAAAGUCUCACAGCUUUCCCAGGUUCUGAUAGAUAAAGGGAUUCUGUUAGAUGAGAAAGAGGGACAGGUGAACGCUCUAAAGGGAAGACUAGAUCUUGCUGUCAAAGCUCUGAAAGAGAAAGAGAGGGAAGCAGAUGUAGAGAAGAGGAAGAGAAAAGCUGUAACAGUGCGACUGAUGGAGCUCUCCAAGACUCUAGGCGAGACACCGGCAGUUCAGGAGGAUGACACUGAUUUACUGGAAAGGAUGGAAAUGCUGGUGAAAGCUCAGAAAGAACAUGCGAAAAGAGAGGGGGAAUCGGUGAGAGAGGCUCUGAAACAGAAAGUGUCAGAGAUUUCCCAGGCUUUGACAGAAAAACAGAGAGAGAUGGAACAAGUGACAGCAGCGAACAACAGAAAGAUAGAGUCUUUGACAUGGAGAGUGACAGAGCUUUCCAAAGCUCUCACCGAUAAAGAGAGAGAGUUGGAAGAAGAGACAGCCAAGAAUGUCAGAGAGAGAGAAGCUCUGGGACAGAUGGUGACAGAUCUUUCCCAGGUCCUGAGAGAGAAAGAAAGAGAGAUGGAAGAAGAGACAGCCAAGAACGUCAGAGAGAGAGAAGCUCUGAAACAGAGAGUGACAGAUCUUUCUAAGGUUUUGACAGAGAAAGAGAGAGGGAUGGAAGAAGAGACAGCCAAGAACGUCAGAGAGAGAGAAGCUCUGAGACAGAGAGUGACAGAUCUUUCCCAGGUUCUGACAGAGAAGGAGAGUGAGAUGGAAGAAGAGGCAGCCAAGAUUGUCAGAGAUAGAGAAGCUCUGGGACAGAGGGUGACAGAUCUUUCCCAGGUCUUGAGAGAGAAAGAAAGAGGGAUGGAAGAAGAGACAGCUAAGAACGUCAGAGAGAGAGAAGCUCUGAGACAGAGAGUGACAGAUCUUUCCCAGGCUCUCACAGAGAAAGAAAGACAGAUAGAAGAAGAGAAAGCCAAGAACGUCAGUGAGAGAGAAGCUCUGAGACAGAGAGUGACAGAUCUUUCCCUGGCUCUCACAGUGAAAGAAAGACAGAUAGAAGAAGAGACAGCCAAGAACGUCAGAGAGAGAGAAGCUCUGAGACAGAGAGUGACAGAUCUUUCUCAGGUUUUGACAGAGAAAGUGAGGAUGGAAGAAGAGACAGCCAAGAUUGUCAGAGAGAGAGACACUCUGGGACAGAGGGUGACAGAUCUUUCCCAGGUCCUGAGAGAGAAAGAAAGAGAGAUAGAAGAGACAGCCAAGAACGUCAGAGAGGGAGAAGCUCUUAGACAGAGAGUGACAGAUCUUUCCCAGGUUCUGACAGAGAAGGAGAGUGAGAUGGAAGAAGAGGCAGCCAAGAUUGUCAGAGAGAGAGAAGCUCUAGGACAGAGGGUGACAGAUCUUUCCCAGGUCUUGAGAGAGAAAGAAAGAGAGAUGGAAGAAGAGACAGCCAAGAACGUCAGAGAGAGAGAAGCUCUGAGACAGAGAGUGACAGAUCUUUCCCAGGCUCUCACAGAGAAAGAAAGACAGAUAGAAGAAGAGACAGCCAAGAACGUCAGUGAGAGAGAAGCUCUGAGACAGAGAGUGACAGAUCUUUCCAUGGCUCUCACAGAGAAAGAAAGACAGAUAGAAGAAGAGACAGCCAAGAACGUCAGAGAGAGAGAAGCUCUGAGACAGAGGAGUGACAGAUCUUUCCCAGGUUCUGACAGAGAAGGAGAGUGAGAUGGAGAAGAGGCAGCCAAGAUUGUCAGAGAGAGAGAAGCUCUGGGACAGAGGGUGACAGAUCUUUCCCAGGUCUUGAGAGAGAAAGAAAGAGAGAUGGAAGAAGAGACAGCUAAGAACGUCAGAGAGAGAGAAGCUCUGAGACAGAGAGUGACAGAUCUUUCCCAGGCUCUCACAGAGAAAGAAAGACAGAUAGAAGAAGAGACAGCCAAGAACGUCAGUGAGAGAGAAGCUCUGAGACAGAGAGUGACAGAUCUUUCCAUGGCUCUCACAGUGAAAGAAAGACAGAUAGAAGAAGAGACAGCCAAGAACGUCAGAGAGAGAGAAGCUCUGAGACAGAGAGUGACAGAUCUUUCUCAGGUUUUGACAGAGAAAGUGAGGAUGGAAGAAGAGACAGCCAAGAUUGUCAGAGAGAGAGACACUCUGGGACAGAGGGUGACAGAUCUUUCCCAGGUCCUGAGAGAGAAAGAAAGAGAGAUAGAAGAGACAGCCAAGAACGUCAGAGAGAGAGAAGCUCUUAGACAGAGAGUGACAGAUCUUUCCCAGGUUCUGACAGAGAAGGAGAGUGAGAUGGAAGAAGAGGCAGCCAAGAUUGUCAGAGAGAGAGAAGCUCUAGGACAGAGGGUGACAGAUCUUUCCCAGGUCUUGAGAGAGAAAGAAAGAGAGAUGGAAGAAGAGACAGCUAAGAACGUCAGAGAGAGAGAAGCUCUGAGACAGAGAGUGACAGAUCUUUCCCAGGCUCUCACAGAGAAAGAAAGACAGAUAGAAGAAGAGACAGCCAAGAACGUCAGUGAGAGAGAAGCUCUGAGACAGAGAGUUACAGAUCUUUCCAUGGCUCUCACAGUGAAAGAAAGACAGAUAGAAGAAGAGACAGCCAAGAACGUCAGAGAGAGAGAAGCUCUGAGACAGAGAGUGACAGAUCUUUCCCAGGCUCUCACAGAGAAAGAAAGACAGAUAGAAGAAGAGAAAGCCAAGAACGUCAGUGAGAGAGAAGCUCUGAGACAGAGAGUGACAGAUCUUUCCCAGGCUCUCACAGAGAAAGAAAGACAGAUAGAAGAAGAGACAGCCAAGAACGUCAGUGAGAGAGAAGCUCUGAGACAGAGAGUGACAGACCUUUCCCAGGCUCUCACAGUGAAAGAAAGACAGAUAGAAGAAGAGACAGCCAAGAACGUCAGAGAGAGAGAAGCUCUGAGACAGAGAGUGACAGACCUUUCCCAGGCUCUCACAGUGAAAGAAAGACAGAUAGAAGAAGAGACAGCCAAGAACGUCAGAGAGAGAGAAGCUCUGAGACAGAGAGUGACAGAUCUUUCUCAGGUUUUGACAGAGAAAGUGAGAAGGAUGGAAGAAGAGACAGCCAAGAUUGUCAGAGAGAGAGACGUUCUGGGACAGAGGGUGACAGAUCUUUCCCAGGUCCUGAGAGAGAAAGAAAGAGAGAUAGAAGAGACAGCCAAGAAUGUCAGAGAGAGAGAAGCUCUUAGACAGAGAGUGACAGAUCUUUCCCAGGUUCUGACAGAGAAGGAGAGUGAGAUGGAAGAAGAGACAGCCAAGAUUGUUAGAGAGAGAGAAGCUCUGGGACAGAGGGUGACAGAUCUUUCCCAGGUCCUGAGAGAGAAAGAAAGAGAGAUGGAAGAAGAGACAGCUAAGAACGUCAGAGAGAAAGAAGCUCUGAGACAGAGAGUGACAGAUCUUUCCCAGGUUUUGACAGAGAAAGAGAGAGAGAUGGAAGAAGAGACAGCCAAGAACAUCAGUGAGAGAGAAGCUUUGAGACAGAGAGUGACCGAGCUUUCUCAGGCUCUCACAGAGAAAGAGAGAGAGAUGGAAGAAGAGACAGCCAAGAACAUCAGAGAGAGAGAAGCUCUGAGACAAAGGGUAACGAAUAUCUCCCAGGUUCUGACAGAGAAAGAGAGAGAGAUGGAAGAAGAGACAGUCAAGAAAAGAGAGAGAGAAGCUCUGAGACAGAGAGUGACAUACCUUUCCCAGACUCUGACCCAGAAGGAAAGAGUGAUAGAGCAUAGCAAUAAAGAGACAGAAGAUCUUAGGCUGAGAGUGCUUGAACUUUCAAAGGCUUUCAUAAAGAAUGAGACCUCUCAGGCUGAUAGAAUGGGGGAGAGGGCAGCUCUGGAGGACAAGAUUGGAAAGUUAUCUCAUGCUCUGAGAGACACUGAAUGGAAGAUACAAGACAGGGAGAGAAUGGAUCAAGCUCUAGAGGAGAAGAUAGAAGAACUUGUGCAGGCUCUAAAUAAGUCAGAUUCACAAAGAGCGGAAAAUUGUAGAGAAAAUGAGAUGCUAAGGAUAAGGAUCAUAGAACUUUCCCAAGCUCUGAAUGAAAAGGAGGCAGAAGCAGAAGAGGCUCAGGGGGAUAGGAAAGCUCUAGAGUACAAGAUUCUAGAACUUGGACAAGCUCUGACAGUGAAGGAAAGUCUUGUAUGGGAAGAGAAACAAAGACAGAAAGAGAGUGCAGCUCUAAGGGAUAGAGUGGCAGCUCUAAGGGAUAGAGUGGCAGAGCUUUCCCAGGCGCUGGCAGAGAGCAAGAAAGUGAUAGAGAAAGAGAGGACAAUGGGAAAUGAAGAGUGUGAGACUCUAAAGAGGAGGAUAACUGAACUUUCCCAGGCUCUAACUGAGAGAGAGUCAGGGAUAGAGGAAGAGAGGGCAAUGAUGGAUAAAGAGAGUGCGGUUAUUAAGAAGAGAAUGACAUUGGCUUUGGAAGCAAAGGAAAGAGGGUUUGAAGAAGACAGGACAUCAAGAACCAAUGAGAGGGAGGCUUUCGCAAAGAGAGUGGCAGAGCUUUCACAAGAUCAAGAAAUUGCUGGGAAAGAAAAUGAAGAUUUAAAGAAAAAGGUUGCAGAGCUUUCUCAGCUGAUGAUCAGGGAAAGGGAAUAUCAGGAGGAGAAAAAAGCAGCACUGGAAGAGGUGGAGACUCUGCAUUGUGAGUUAGGAGAGGCUAAUCAGAGAGAAGAGAGACUGAGACAGAGGCUAGAAAGUGCUGAAGCUGCCCUCAGACACACAGAAUCUGAAGAGAUUUCAUGGAGAGAGCAAAUCAAAGAAAUGGAAUCUAUUAUACGGGUUGGAAGAGUGACAGGCUCAUUGAAAGUUGCAGACACAGUGGUCCCUGUAGAAGACAAAAAGGAAACCAGUGUGGCCUCUACAGAGGACCAUGAGGAAACCAGAGUACCCCACAACAGGCACCAGCAGGAAGGUGUGCAUGCACACUCUGAGAGAGCACAGGACAGACGUGCUUUACAGAGGAGGAUUGAAGUUUUACAGGAGGCAGUAGCGAGGCUGGAAAAUGGAAAUAAUGAGCUAGAAAUUCAGAACCAACAGCUGCGCCAGAUCUUGCAAAGGGUGGAAAGUGAGAGGCGGAAUCUCCGCAGGGAGCUGCGCAGCAGGACUACGUCACUAAAACACUCUAAUGAAAUCCAUCCAGGAAAGAAUACAGAAGAUUCCUCAUCCUCAGAACACCUCACAGAUUUAAUGAGAGAGGUUUCUCUGCUUAGGUCACAGCUUGUGAUGGAGCGCGGUCACCGCUCUGUGUACAUCCGGCGCUGCUCGCACAUCACUGACGACCUCCUCAGCCUGCGACAGAGUCUAAGCCGCUCAUUGGUUGCUGUGGCCUCUGACCCCCAACCUCAGGUUUUGGAGAGAGAAACUGCCAUUCUGGAUGAUACACUGAGCCGCAGUCUGGGCGCACAAACUUCUGUGUGAAUUAGUCUGUAAUGCCGUGACUGCACUGCAGCAUAAAUGUAUGUUACUGGUGUAUUACAGUAGUAUGUGAUGCCGUGACUGCACUGCAGCAUAAAUGUAUGUUACUGGUGUAUUACAGUAGUAUGUAAUGUUGUGACUGCACUGCAGCAUAAAUGUAUGUUACUGGUGUAUUACACUAGUAUGUGAUGCCGUGACUGC